AUGGGCGGCGAGUUCGGGAGCCUGAUCCGGGUGAGGCACAUCAUCUCCUACAGCCUGUCCCGCUUCGAGCAGAGAGCCUUCCCCAACUACUUUACGAAGGGCAUCCCGAGUGUGUUCUGCAGGACGCAGGACUCCAUUCUGCAGGUCGCCCCGCGCCCCCCCAACCCCCCAUUCAUAGCCUUUUACCUCAUCUAUACCUGCGGAACCCAGGAGUUUGAGAAAUCAAAGAGGAAGAAGCCAGCUGACUUUGAAGAAGACAAAUAA